GGUUACUUAGACAAACAAUGAAGAAGCAAACCUGAUAUCCUCAAUAAAUUCUGAGCAGCGCAACAGUCCAAUUAACCAGUCCGCGGUGGCUCAACCCAUACGUGCCCCCGUGUUUUCUGCUUCGUCUCCACCAAUCCCACACCGCCAAUUGUCACUUUCACUAUCAAGAUCGUUUCUUUAUUGUAAAUACUUCAAUUCUUGCACACAGUGAUUGGUGUAGAGAAAGAUCAAGAAUUUUUCAGAGAUAGCUAACACUUAACACUACCCAAUACGAUCAUGAAGUUUGAUUCAUUGUCUUCCAUUGGCUUCUUCUUCAUCUUGGCUUUUGCAUUCAUACCAUGUUCAGUUUCAGUGCCCUUCAUAGUACUCCAUGGCAUUGGAGAUCAGUGUGCUAAUAGAGGAGUUAAACAGUUUACGGAGCAACUGAGGGACUUUUCAGGUGCUGAAGGAUAUUGCAUAGAAGUUGGGGCUGGAACAUGGGAUUCCUGGUUUGUGCCUCUCGAGGAACAGACCAGAAUUGUGUGUGAGAAGGUUAAAGAAAUGGAAGAACUCAGACAAGGUUACAACAUUGUUGGUCUCUCCCAGGGGAAUUUGAUAGGCCGAGGUGUUGUAGAAUUCUGCAACAAUGGACCUCUGGUUAAAAACUUUGUGUCUUUAGGAGGGCCUCAUGCGGGUAUUGCUUCUGUGCCGCUCUGUGGUUCUGGCAUAUUUUGCAUUAUUGUGAACAAGCUAAUCAAAGGGGAGAUCUAUAGUGAUUAUAUCCAAGCUCACUUGGCUCCCAGUGGUUAUAUUAAAUUGCCCAAUGCUAUGACUGAUUAUUUAGGGAGGUGUAGGUUUCUUCCAAAACUCAACAAUGAACUCCCUGAUGAGAGAAACUCUACUUACAAGGAAAGAUUUAGUAGCUUAGAAAACCUUGUGCUUAUUAUGUUUGAGCAAGACAAUGUUUUGGUACCGAGAGAAACCUCAUGGUUUGGAUAUUACCAAGAUGGUGCCUUCAACUCAAUUGUAGGUCCACAGCAGACUGAUCUGUACACUGAAGACUGGAUUGGCUUGAGAACGCUGGAUGAAGCUGGAAGGGUCAAAUACGUUAGUGUUUCAGGAGGUCAUCUUGGAAUUUCCGAAAGUGAUAUAAAGAAGCAUGUGGUGCCUUACUUGGUAAGUUUAACAUCGCCAGCAAAUGGAAACGAGGUCAAUGGACCUCAGCAUGGAGUUGUGAAUUAAUGAGGGGGUCAUUAUCCCCAGUUUCAUGAAAGCAUCCGCUGAGCUGGUUCUGUUGAUUUGAUCUGUAUAUGCAAUCGACUGAAACCAAUUGGUGAACUGAACUAUCAAUCAAAAUUGUAUUGUGGUUGAUGGGGCUACUAUGUACAGGAAAUACAAAUUAGUGUUCGACACAAAUGACUAAGGCUCACUUACAAAUCAAUUGUGCCAAGACAUUAGUAAUGAAAUAUUU